AUGUUGAUUUAUGGAUUUUUGUUCGUUUUGUUAUGUUUGAAAGCCGACGCCGAUAACGUCUGCCCACCAGAUGCCAUCAUUUCAGGCGAUGGUCUGACGUGAGUUUCAUUUUUUCGAAAACUUUAAGCUUGAAAAUUGCAGGUGCUACACACCGGUGAACAUUCAGAAAGAUUGGCAGACUUCUCAGACGAUUUGCAGUUUGGUGGGAAGUUUGGCCCUUCCCAAGAACGCCAUCGACAAUGCCGUCAUUACCGGCGUGGCUUCAGGUGAUUUUUCCUUACUUCAUGAAUUUCAGUAGUUAGGUUUUUCGAGUCAGCCCCACUCAACGAAGUUCUAAAAAUAUCACUUCUAGCCUCACUUUAUAGUGCGUUCCGCGCGAGAAGGUCACGUUUUGAAAAGAAAAGAAGAAGUUACCGUCAAUACAAACUUUUGCUCUACAAAACUACUAAAAAGUCAGCAAAAUACAGAGGUCUUGAAGCGAAAAUGCUCAAUUUUGAUCUGAUUUGGUAUACGGUAUUUUUGGCGGAAAGGAAAGCAUGCGCGGAAUGGGCUAUAACCAAGGCCAUGCGGUUCUAAAAAAUCAAAUAAUCCUCAAUAAAUCAGAUUUUCGAGAAUUUUGUUGAAAAUCAAUCACCAUUUCGACGAAAAUCAACCGUCUUCUGACAUCUUUUCUGAUUGAGUGACAAAGACCCGAAAUUUCGGCUGAAAAAAAAAAUUAGUUGACGGUUUGCAAUGCGAUUUGAAAAUUUUAAAAGGAUUGACGAGUUCAAGGAAAGAAGAAUUCAUAUUUGAAAGUAUUAAAAAUCAAUGCUCUGACGCAAGCUUUAAAAUCAGACGGACUUUAAAAAUAUCCCAAAAAGACUUGAUUAGAAGCAAAAGAUAUGAAAUCUUGCGAGGAUUUUCUUGAGGUUUCAGAAACUUUUCUACAAAGUGUCUGGAUUGGUGCUGUGAUGACCAAUGGCAUUGCUACUGAUAUCCACGGAAACCCGCUCAAAUACUCGAACUGGGCGGGAGGUUCUAAAUACUAUUUCUUUGAUUUUUUACCACCAAUAAAACUUUCAGGACAGCCACUUAUCACCGCGACAAACACGGGAGUCAUGCUUGACUCUUCCACUGGCCGCUGGUACACCUCAGCCAGCGCCAACCCUUCGGUUUGCAUCUCAGACUCCAGAAACUGCACUUCGACACCAGUUGUCGCUAAAAAACAACAAAAAGCUGCAGCUGUUUCUGCAACUCCGCCACCGAGGUCUUAUCCUAGCUGUAUGGAUAAAUAUGGAGGUGAAGAUUUUAUUUAAUAUUUUUGUUAUGACUGAACUUUAUCGGCCAACUUGAUGAAACAUUUUAAAUUUCAAGUUUCGAACUUUCUUCUUUUUUUCGGGCUAUGAAAAAUAAUAUUGAAAAAGGCGGAAAAAAACGGUCAUCUAAUCUUUGAUACAAGCACAACAAAAAUUACUAUUUUUUUGAAAAAAAUCAAACUGAAUGACUGGCUCAGGAGCCCGAUAUCGUCGAAUCCAUUCGAUAAUAUAUUUUACGAAAAAAACUUAUUUAAAUUUGAAAUAAUUGAUACCUUGCCAUGGAUUCUGGCCCUCAUGAAAAUUGAUUGGAAAAAAAUAUCUAUUAAUCAAAAAACUUCAAUCUAGCGAGUUUUUCGAAAUGAACUCAAUAAACGGAACUGUUGAAAGAAAAACCAAAUCUGAGCUAACUCGAUUGAAGAAUUCAAACCAAAACCCUGUUUUCGUGAAAACCACGUGAUUUUUUAUCAAUUCAUGAAAAAAUGUCUUGCUGAUGCGAGUUUUGAAACUUUUAUUCGAAUUUUCAGCUGCCAGUGCUUGUGCGUCCGGCUGGACCUACUGCCCCUACACUUGCGCCUGUUACAAGGUCAUCAUAAAUUUUAAUAAAUACAACUUUUCAAAUUUAGGUUCUCGGUGUUUCCUACUACAGCUCGGCAGAAACGACCUGCCAACAGUUGACCGCCAGAAACUCGCACCUCGCUUCAAUUCAUUCUGCUAAAGAAGCCACUUUCGUUGCAGGUCCGAAAAACUUCCAACAUAAAUCAUAAAAUUACGAAUGAAUUUCUAGACUUGGUUCGCUUCAACACUACAGUGGAUUGGGGCUUCCACGGAAAUGCACAAGAUAAUGCCAUCAUCGGCCUUUAUAAUGGUGCUUGGGCUGAUCAUACUGAAUAUUCGGACAAUGAAAUGCGCCCGAUUUACGCCCCUGGCGGUCAAAGCGGCGGACUUUAUGGCCAGGUGAACAAAAAUCAACUAGAACCAUUAAAAAAUAUUCAACUUUCAGAUUAUCACCUUCGAUCCACCUGGCUACUACAGCUACGUUCAAACUUACGACUGUCAGAACAAUGCUUGUCGCAACGCUGUUUGCAAAUACUUCUUAUGA